UAUUUUCGACUUCGGGCUGCAAUCGUUCGUGCUCGUGGAAAUUCACCGAGGGCUUUGAUACUGCCGAGUGAUUUUUAUUAUUAUAUUGGGUAUUCCCGAGGUACUGGAGACUUCGAGAGUACUUGACAUGGUUUUAGUUAUUCAGCUUUUGUUUUGAAUGUAUUUGAAUUGAUGUCGAUGAUAAAAAUGAUGAUGAUGUUGAUGAUUCAACUGGUUCUGAUUGUUGCGGUGCUUGGAUGGAGUCAGUCCUCCAUAAUAAUUGAAAAAACGGAUUCUUGCGAAUCUCUUCUCCCGGUGGAGUUAAUAAACGAGAUCGAUAAUUACCAGGCAGUAGUAAACCGAAUUAUUGAUGCGGUGGUGAAUGGCAGUUUCAAAGGAAGAACCUGGAGGGAGUUGGCAGGGUUCGUUGAUGAUUUUGGACCGAGAUUCACAGGGACGGAAACACUAGAGCGCUCGAUAGAUUAUGUCAUAGAUAGAUCAAAGACACUGGGACUGGAAAAUGUUCAUGGCGAGGUAGCACCAGUCCCUCGUUGGAUCAGAGGAAAAGAGUCAGCGACCCUGGUUUCACCUCGUAAAAAGGACCUGAGAAUGUUGGGAUUAGGUUACAGCGUAGGAACUCCGAAUGAGGGCAUAACGGCGGAUGCUAUUAUCGUUGAAAGUUUCGCUGAGCUGAAAAGACGAGCUGACGAGGUGGCAGGUAAAAUAGUUGUCUACAAUCAGGACUUCGUAUCCUACGGUGAAACAGUGAUAUAUCGAUCGUCAGGUGCCAGUGAAGCCGCAAAAUACGGAGCUCUUGCUGUUCUCAUCAGAUCAAUUACCCCAUUAUCCAUUUACUCACCGCACACUGGGAUGAUGAGCUACGAGGACAAUGUAAGGAAAAUUCCCGCAGCAUGUAUCACCAUUGAAGAUGCUCAGAUGUUGGGAAGACUGGCUGCCAGGGGAAAGCGAUUGACCAUUCGACUGAUGAUGGAAGCUCAUCAAUUGGCUGACACUGAAUCCAGAAAUGUCAUUGCUGAGUUGAAAGGCAGUACAAAAAUUAACAAAACGGUUGUAGUAUCCGGUCAUAUCGACAGCUGGGACGUGGGACAGGGUGCAAUGGACGACGGUGCUGGUGCGUUUGUCUCCUGGAAUUCAUUGGUACUCCUAAAAGCCCUAAAUCUCCGUCCUAAGAGAACCAUAAGGGCCAUCAUGUGGACGGCUGAGGAAAUGGGAAUUGUCGGUGCGGAUUACUACAUCAAGCAGCACAAACACGAAGAGGGGGAUCUUCAGUUUGUCAUGGAGUCGGACUACGGUACAUUCACACCACUUGGGCUCGAGGCUAAUGGUCGACCGGAAGUUAUAUGCAUCCUUCGAAGGAUUAUGAAGAUAUUGUCGGUUAUGGCGCCGUUGGAGGUGACAACACCGGGUACGGGACCAGAUAUCGGGGGGUGGAUAAACGCUGGAGUGCCGGGUGCAUCCCUCUUGAACAAAAAUGAGAGAUACUUCUGGUUUCAUCACAGCGAUGGUGAUGCCAUGACUGUUGAAGAUUCAGGAACCCUAGAUAUGAUCACAGCUCUUUUUGCUGCGACGUCUUACAUUUUGGCGGAUAUCAGUAUCGAUUUGCCGAGACAGGCUCCAGGAAAUUGAUCGUCCAUUUUAUAUUCCUGUAUCAUUUUUUGUACUGCUGCUGAUAAGCAUUCGUGGGGAAGGCGAGAGUGGAGUGGGGGGAAUAAAAAAUAUUGAUAAUUGAUCAACUGA